AUGAAAUCAAUCUACGACAAGCUUGAACCAGAUGAAUUAGAAGAAUUGGAGAAACUUAAUCCCAUGCAAAAAUUCGAAGAAGCUCAAAGGUUAGUGAGAGCUCGUGAAAGAUUACGAAAAUCUACUCAGGAAGAUAAAAAAAGAAGGAAAGUCAAAUUGAUUAACCACUUGAACCUUCCUCCGGUGAGGAGAAAUUAUGGAGGAUGGGUUAAACAAACACCACUUCAGAAAGUACUUAGAAAGACACUUAGAUCGGGGGCAUAUGAACAUCGUACUCAUUUCACUCAGCUCGAGUCUGGUCCUACUAUGAUGACUGUUCCAGCGGAUUGGCUACAAGGUUCAAGGGACAGCAACCUUCGCUCCAUGAGUUCAUUGGCCACGGGUGGACCCAGUAAUCGAAUUCCGGCUCAAGUUGAAUUACCUUUCAAGUACCUUCCAACCAACACAAAGUCCUGUAGUGAGCGGCGCGUUGACACGAAAAUUUCAUCGGCAAAUAAUGGGGAAUUUGACCGAAAUUGCCAACAGCAAUCACCAUUUGGUCGCAGUGCCGCACUGGCUAGAUCUAAUAUGUCAUUAACACCCGCUUCCAAACGAGUCCAUGAGGCUGAAACAAUGGUAUCAGUGACAAAGCGUGCUCGUGCCGAAUCUUCUACAAAUGUAUACUCGACGAGGGUAAACAAUGCCUCCGCACGUUCCUCAACUCGCCAAUUAAAUGUUACUCACUCGAGCUCGCAACGGGUGGUCAAUUCAAUUUCUCGACCACAAAAGGUUUCUGACUCAUCAUUUUCGCGAGACCAACCAAUAUCAAAGCAACCUCGGACUUCUGUCCUUGAGAAAGCCUCGGCUCAUUCAAGAACCAAUAAAUCGACUACCAUUUCUUCACGUUCCAAUGUUUCCACCUCAAAAAAUGUCAAAUCAACUUCCGAUUCUUCUCGUCGAUUAGAACUUAACACAAUUUCCAAAUAUGAUAAUAAUACAAAAAUUAUAAGGUCAUCGUCUACUGCCAGCUCCGCGCCCGCAAAACUUGUUAAAACUGCUGCAAUCGGUAGUGGUGGAAAGGUUCUUCGAUAA